AUGAGACAAAAAAGGAUAAAAGGUUCCUGCUUUGUUAGGGAUAAAAAUAACAUCGGUUCUUUGAAUGUAACUUUAAAUCAGACGUUAUCGUAUCUUGAAGAUGUGCGGAGAGAAUGA